AUGGCUGAAGAAAUGUGAGCGAAUGUAACUAAUUCUAUAAAUGAUGUUAUAACAAAGCAGCAAAGAGGGUCGAUGAGAAUAUCUUCAAAAAGAAAAAUUCAAAAGAAGGAAAUAAAAAGGCACCUCAUCAGUACAAUAAGGGCAGAUAACAUGGGGGACAAAGUUAAUUUAACAGUAAAUUUGGAGAACAUAGGGGAGAGCUUUGACCGUGACAGUCUCAAAAUUGAUAAGCUAGACUAUGAAGCACAAUCUUGUCGAAAAAUCAAGCAUAAGAAGCGAAAUAAAGUGAAACAAAUAGAGGAUACUAUAAAAACUGCUACAAAAUCAUUCAAGGAUAACCUUGAUGGAUUCGGGAAGCACAAUGAAAAUGAUAAGACUGAUGGGGAUCAGGAAACUACCAAGCCUUUUUACUCAUCAAGAAAGGAUUUUGAUAACUUAUCUUCGAUUUUACAGAAGAUUAAAGCGACUCCUAAGCAUAUGGUUGAUUAUAAAAACAAUCUUGAACAAUCUAUGUUUAAGAAAAAGCUAGGCUUAGAAAGAAUUGAUAAGUUUCAGUAUACUCUUCUACAAGCCAACAUUGACCAGAGAAGCUCUGCGUUACCAAAACUCAGAGAAAAUUCAGUAGGAGUUGCACCCUAUUCAGAAAAUCGCAUAUCCUUUAAAUUUGAUAAAGAUAUCAAGGAGGAGCUUAACAAGAGCCAGAAUGCAGCAAAUCUUAAUUCAGACUUGAUUCAGAACAUUAACAAAAAGAAUCGGAUAAAGUUGAGAGAACUGAAGCAACCAGAUUUGAACCAUAAAAACUCACAAAGUUUCCAUUAUCCAAAUAGCACAAGGAGGAAGACUAUAAACAAGAAGAUGAUAAAGAGGUACAAACUGAAGCCACUGGACACCUCUGGAAGGAUUUUUGAAGAUCCUAAGUCUAAAUCUCCUCUCCAAACCCACUUAAAACAGUUAUCAAAUAUUAUUGGAGGAGAUGAUGAGUUUAAAACGGCCAUGGAGCCGUUGUCGUCUGUCACCGCUCGCACUAAAAUAAAUCUGGAGAAGCUCAACAGAUCUGUCCCCAAAGCCUCCCCAAAAAUGGUCCGAGGUGGCAAAAUCUCUGUUGAGAGGCAAAGAGUGGAAGAAAAAGGAAGUGCUGGUAUAAAAUAAAUUUAUAAACAGCCCAAAGUUCCCUUUAAAGUGAUCCCCAUUUAUCGUUCCUGAGGAAAAAGAGAGAGAGGAAGUGAAUAGAAUUGAUGGCAUAAACUUCAUGAACAUCCUCAUGUACAUUAAUGGAGAAGAUCAGGGGGUAAACAUUGCCAAUGAUCAACAAUUCCAGGAAAUUUGCAAGCUCAUGGAUGAGUAUUAUGGCCUCAGUGAACGAAAGAUCCUAAAUAAGUACGAAAUAUGGAAGAAGUACAUCAAGAAUCUUCAAAUGAAGAAGAACUUUGAUGAACGAUCUAGGGAGGAUUCAGGUCUGGCCUUCCAAGUAGAAGCAAAUAUCAGCAAAGACGAGAUGGUAAAACGCUACUCUGCCUACCUCAGCAAGAAGUGGUUUUCAGAUGCAGACCCAUUUCUGAAAGCUAAAUAUAAGAAAUUCUUUGAAGAUAGCGAGGUAAAAUGGGGUCCAAACAUGGUCUUCAAAAAACUUGCUAAAGAGACUGAUAAGGUCAACAAAAUUAAAGGAUUAGUGGAGAAAAGACUUGACAAAGAAGCUCUUUAUGUCAAUAAUAGGAUCAAAGUGGAUAAUGUCAAAGCUGAAAGAAAGCAAAUAUCUACUAGUGAAACUUCUGGUGAUGAGGAAUAUGAUAGAUACAUCAACCUCCCACAUAGCGAUACAUGUAAAUACUGAAGGCUUGACCAGGCUCAUGCACAUCACCAGAGAGAAUUUUCGGAAGCUCCUGUAAUAAAGAUGGAGAAAAUUAAAUCAGAUGAUUCUGAAAUUGCUAAAAGUAAUAGACCAGAAGAAAUCUCUCAAAUUACCGACUCUCGCUCACCUCAUCACCAAAAUGAGAGCCUACAGAAGCUGCAUCGCCAGCUAUCGUUCCGGUUUUCUAACUAGUUAGAACACCAUGCUUGAUUUUCAUGAAUUUCUGCUGAGCUAAUCUUAUU